AUGAAGAAAACUCAGAAAAUAAGAGAAAAAUGCACAAAUUACUGCUGGGCUUAUUUCAGGAUUGAUUUUUUGUUUGAAAAAAUAAAUAAAAUAAUGUCUGAAAUUCCAAUUCAAGUAGAAAAUGAAAUCCAAUUUAUUCAAGAUAAUAAGUUUUAUGAGCUAAAAAAUGACUUUACAUUUGAAGAAAUUAAGCAAAAAAUCCAAAAAUACCUUCUACCCUUUCAACUAGGGAUUGGCACUAUUAACGAAAUAAAUAGAUUCUGUCUAAUAAGCAGCUGACUUAAAUCAAAAUAUGAGGAGUAUGUUGAGGAAUGCAAUAAAAUUUAUAAGAAAGCGAUUGAGCGCUUAGAGUUAUUACAAAAUGAAAUCAAAUUGAUCGAUUUUUUAGAAAAUUGCAUGCCUAUGCUGCAAACCUUGCAAGGAUUGUUAAAAAUUUCAUUCUCUUCAUCAAGUCCCUUAUUUACUAAUGCUAUGUAUUUUUUAUCAGUUAUUUUAGUAAAAGAUAAAAAUUCAAUUUUUAGUAAAUAUUUACAAAGCAGAAUUUAUACUAAGAAUGAGCAAUACGAAUACUUUUGAAAAACUGAGUUCAAUAUUUUUGAUAAUAUUUUACGUGAGUUAACAAAUUCAUAUAUUUUAUAUAGAGAUCUUAAGUCGUUUUUCAAUCAAAUUUAUGACAAAAUUAAGGAUUAUGAAGAAAUUAUUGCAAAUUCUCAGUUGAUGUCAUUAUUGAAAAGUCCGAAUAAUAAACUUAUGAAUGGCCAGUUUUUGUACUAUGAAAAUGCUAUUUAUUUUAUUAAAAAAGGUACUUACGAUUAUAAUAAAAAUAAAUGUUGAUUAGAUUUUCUAUGCAGGUAUGAUUUGGUAAAAAAUACACUGAAUAAAUAUGAAUUUAUGUGAGUUAAUAAUUGAAAUAAUCAAUUGGCUUUUUUCAAUAAAAGCAUUAUUGCCUUCUUAGAAAAUAAAAGAAAAAUAGUGAAAUUCGAUUUAUUAAUAAACAGUUGCUCUACGAUUACAUACUCAGAUUCUGAACUCCAGGGGUGGAAGAUUUUAGUUUCUUAUAAAAUAAAUGGCGGCAUUCAUGGAAUAGUGGCUUUGAGAUGCACUCCUGAUAGAGUGGGUGGACCAAAAAAUUUUAUGGAGUCGUCACUCUAA